AUGGAAAGGAGUGAUAAAGAGUGCUGCUCGAAGGAGAGAAAACGAUCGACUGAAGCAUUGCCCCCCCCCCCCCCUCCCCUCUUGCUUCAGCCAUCUGAUGUCAUGCCUGCGUUUCCAAGGGCAACCGGGCCAGUGACGAGCACUAGCUGGUGAGAGGAGAUCAGAGUGCACAUGAACAAGAUGGACAGAGAGAGAACAAAAGGUUCUGCGCUUCUACAUUGUGAUGCCUCACUCGAAGAGUAAAGCGCUCUCUUUGCGAGACAGCAGUGCUUCGGUUUCAUGCAGAUUACCAGGAGGAGGAGGACACGACAUGACUGCCUGCUAUCAGCAGCAUCAGCAUCAUCGCAGGGAGGCAGCCCGGGCCAAUCCCCUCGCUCACACACUCAUGAGUCAGGCAGCCAAUGAGCUGGCGGCAUGCUGCUCCCCACCACGGCGGCAAAGGAUGCGGAGGGAGCAGAAGGCAGGCUCCGAUCUCUUAUUAAUGAAUGGAGUGUAUUCCACACUGCACACUCCGCUGCCUCUUGCUCACACGGCUUUAGUCGCUCUCCGCAAUGAUUCAGGACAGCUGAAAACCAUCCACAAGAGCAGCAGCAGCAGCAGCGGCGGUAAGGACGGCAGGAGGCAAGCUCAGGCUCGGCUAACAACAAAGCAAUGAGUGAGGAAGAGGACGACACCAGGAUGGACGUUGUCAGGGAACCAACGAGACACGCCGACACUGAUUCCGACGAAGAAACGAUGGAGGACGAGGACGCCCCCGCGUGCAUCGUGGACCCCCACCCACACAUCACCCCGCCGGAGGCCCCUUGUGCCUCCUCGACGUCCUCCGCCUCCACCUCGCGCCGGGUGGAGGACGCUCUCCUCACCCUGCCGCCGUCCGUCUCCGCCACCGCCCUGCUGGGCAUGGUGUCCCCGGCCACCCGGCGCUCCAUCUCCAUGGGGGACUUCCGGCGGGUGUCGGCGGCGCUGCUGUCCCGGUCGGAGCCCCCCUCCGCCUCGGCCACGGCGCCCUCCUCCAAGCUGGUCACCCCCAGCUCCAGCAUGGAGUUCCAGGCGGCGCGGCGGCGGCUGCUGGAGGUGGAGGAGCGCCAGCGGGUCAUCCACGAGAUGGAGCGCCGGCUGGAGGAGCUGAGGCAGGUGUUUGUGCGGUCCGAGCAGGAGGUGGUGGUGCACGGGGAGGUGGUGUCCCGCAUCUCCGGCGCCGCCCAGCAGGGGGAGCUGUGUGUGACGGAGAACACCCAGCGGGUGAAGAAGGGCCUGAGGUUCAAGAAGCACCGUCCCACCAUCAUCUUCUCCUCCAUGCUGGGGCUGCGCACGUGCCUUCCGUGGCCCGUCAAACUCAAAUAAAGCGGGAGAGGCGGGAGAUGGUGUCUCUCACUGUGCCCUACAGUGCUCGCGCCCCACCUCUGAGGGGCUUUACGGAUCAAAUGAAUGCGUCCCACCAUUACUUGCUUGGCUCCCCGCUCACGGACAUGGCUGCUGCUUUUUUCUCUUCCACCCUCCCUGCUCUCCUAGGCUGGGGCUGGCCCCUGGGCGUCUCUUGUAGUGCCUCCUACAACUACUGCUGUUGCUUGCUAGUGAGCAGCUGCCUUAUCAGCACACGGGCGUCAUGGUGCAUCUCAUUGAAAAUGCACUGACCUGACGAGCCAUCUGACAAAGUCACCAAACGUCAAUGUCUUCAAUGUCCUCACUGGGUUUUUGUUUGUCUUUUUUUUUUUCUUGCAUACACUGCUAUUUAGCUCCUUGAAUGUGUGACUGCAAGUGAUUGCAACGUGU